UUACACGGUAUUACCUUAUCUUACCCUAAUCUCCUCUACACACAACAGACGCCAUCAUACCAAAUAUCAUCCGUCUCUGUUUAUCUCUUCACCCUCACGACGUCAGGUCCUUGACUCCGGCAACAUCACACACAACCAGCGGACCACCACCUGUCUCCACCUUUUCUGUCACCGUUGUCCGCCACUUCUGCCUUCUGUCAAGAUGAGUAGCCGUAACCCUAUCCCGUAGCCACGAUCAACCACCUUUUCGUUCGAUUCUUAACAAACCACAGCGAUCGGAUACAAAAUGGAUCUGGAAUUUGUGACUAGCAUGCAACGAUUUGGGGGAACGCGGUCGGAUACAAAUGGAUCUGGAAUUUGUGACUAGCAUGCAACGAUUUGGGGGAACGCGGUCGGAUACAAAUGGAUCUGGAAUUUGUGACUAGCAUGCAACGAUUUGGGGGAAACUCUGAGUUAACCAUGGUUGCUGGUAGGGUUGCUCAUCCAGUGUUGAAAGGCCCAAGUGUGGUCAAGGAGUUAAUCAUUGGAUGGGUUAGCUUGUGGUGGUGCAAAAGAUCCAAUAGAGUUUUUGUUGAUUUGCUACUUAAGCCCACUGAAGAGGAUCUGAAGAUAUGGCCUCACAGCUUUGAGUAUCGACUGAGGGUUACUUUGGGACCUGCUGGAGACUUGAUAUUGACAUCCCGGAUCAGAAAUACAAAUACUGAUGGAAAGCCGUUUACUUUUACAUUUGCAUAUCACACCUAUUUCUCUGUUUCUGAUAUCAGAAGAUUCGUUCACAGGUGUGGUGCUAGACAAUCUGGGAAUCUAGGUUCAUCUGAGGAUGCACUUGAUGGGAUUCUUGGUUUUGGAAAAUCAAAUUCAUCAAUCAUUUCACAGUUGGCUUCAUCUGGAAAAGUUAAAAAGAUGUUUGAACAUUGUCUAGAUGGUGACAAUGGUGGUGAGAAGCAGGAGUUACAAAGAUGCAAAGAUGCAGGUAAUCAAAGACCUGCAUAUCCUUCCUUCAAACCAACCAAAGACUGGGAUAAGCUUGAAGCCCAAGUGAAAAAGGAGGAAAAAGAUGAAAAACUGGAUGGGAAUGCAGCUCUUAACAAGUUUUUCCGUGAUAUUUACAAAGAUACAGAUGAUGAUACAAGAAGGGCCAUGAGGAUAUCUUUUGUGUUUAUCUACCAGAAUCGGUAUUCUCACAUAGCCAACUUUAUGUGGCAAGUUUUAUGUGAUCAACAAGGGCUAGCUGAUGAAGCAACAUGA